AUGCCUCAAAACCAAGCAGCCUGGCUCCACGCCGCCACUCAGCCUCUCCAAGUCGGCGAAAUCCCUAUGCCGAAAGCUGCACCAGGUCGUCUCAUCGUCCGCAACCACGCCGUAGCAGCAAACCCGGCGGACUGGAAAAUCCAGGAGUUCGGCGUUGUUUUCAAGACGUGGCCGAAUGUGCUUGGUGCUGAUCUUGCUGGGGAGGUGGUUGAAGUUGGUGAGGGUGUGGAGGGGUUUGAGGAUGGGGACAGGGUUUUUGCGCAUGCCGUGAGCUUCAUGACGAGCGAUCCGAGCGAUGGCGGCUUCGCGCUGUAUACAUCGGUGCUUGCAACGGCUACCGCAAAAAUUCCGUUAUCGAUUUCGUACAGUCAGGCUGCUGUUCUCCCACUCGCUGUUGACACCGCAGCUGUCGGGCUGUACUCGCCGGCCGAGGGAGGCUACUUUGGUCUACCAUAUCCAACGCUGACGCCGAGCUCGAUCGGAAAGACGUUGAUAGUGUGGGGAGGAUCUUCGUCCGUUGGUGCCGUGACGACCCAGCUUGCUACAGCAAGUGGAGUGAAGGUUGUUGCCAUUGCGAGUAAGAAAAACUGCGAGCUUUGUGAGAAAGCUGGGGCUGUCAAGGUUCUUGACUACAACAACCCCAGCAUUGUCGAAGACGCCAUCGUCGCUGUCAAAGACGUCGGAGGAACUUUGAUCGGCAUCUACGACGCCGUCUCCAUCCCAGAAUCCUCUUACAAACGUGCACUGGCGAUCCUGGAGAGACUCGGUGGCGGGACUCUGACAGUGGUCUUCACGCCCCCAGAAAGCGUCCCAGCGAGCGUUCGAGUCGGAGCCAUCCAAGGCUUCGGUCCCGUGACACAUCCAAUCUGGAGAGAAUACCUCACAGCGGCGCUGGAGAGCGGCAAGCUGCUGUGUUUGCCCGAGCCGUGGGUUAUAGGCCAAGGAUUGAAGAGCAUCCAAAAAGCUCUCGACGAGAACAAGAAGGGUGUUAGUGGGAAGAAGGUUGUCCUUGAGCUUUGA